AUGGACAAAACGGAUUACAACGGAUUGAUGCAGGCCAAAAUCGAUGAAGGACCGUAUCGAGUUCGAAGAGAGGACCCGCUACCGGAGAUGGUUAAGGAGGUGGAAAAAACGCUGAAGGACUGUGGACCGAUCUUAGGGUUUGCGCCGGGCGCCCUGAAAGUGUCUGCCCCAAUCGUCCCUAGAAUCAAAGGCCUACCGAAGAUUCACAAACCAGGGAAUGAGAUGAGGGAGAUAAUUUCGGGAGUGAACGCGCCCACUGAAAAAGUGGCGAAGUGGCUACUGAACGAGUUUAAAAGGAUGCCAAAACCUUUCAAAACGAGAUCGGUGACCAACACCUUAGAGUUCGUGAACAGACUGCAGGCGUCGGGAGGCAUAGAAGAGGACGAGGUCAUGGUUUCCUUUAAUGUUUCAGCUUUGUUUCCAAGUGUUCCCGUUAAAGAAGCUUCUAAUCUGCUAGAAGAUUGGUUGCUUCAACAACACAAUGGGAGCACUUGGAAACUCAAAGUUAGAAACUACAAGAAAUUGGUGGACUUGU